GUUUGCGACGACCUCAUCCCACGCCGAAACAAUCACCCAAACCACCCCGAACAACCCCCUCCUCAAACCGCAAAAAUGGAGAACGACCGUGGCGAGAUCGUGGACCUUUACGUCCCCCGCAAGUGCAGCGCCACCAACCGCAUCAUCAAGGCCAAGGACCACGGCUCCGUCCAGAUCUCCAUUGCCAAGGUCGACGAGAACGGCCGUGCCGUCCAGGGCGAGAACCACGUCUACGCCCUCUGCGGUUUCGUCCGAGCGAUGGGCGAGAGCGACGACUCCCUCAACCGAUUGGCCCAGCGAGACGGCCUCCUCAAGAACGUCUGGAGCGCUCAGCGAUAA